UCGGUGGCGGAGGGGAUGGAAUUCUCGCGAGAAUACAGCUUAGGGGCCCGGAUGUCUCGCGAGGCCUGGACCGCCUGGAGACGGUGAAGAAGGGGGUUACCCUGAGUGGAGGCAUUUGAUUUGGGAGGGGAAGAGCCCAGAGCUCCGGGCUUUUUCCCCAUGGAGGAGACGGACUCGGAGGGGCUCCAGACCAAGGUUGUUGAAAACCAGCCCUACGACGAGAGCUUAGAGAUUAAUGACUCCGAAGAGGUGGCGAGUGUUUAUACUCCAACCCCGCGACAACAAGCUCUUCCUCGGUCUGCCCGCGUCCCGGCCAGUACCCUGACUGACAACAGCAGCGAUGAGUUUGAAGAGGAGAUUAACAAGGUCCCGAGGGAGGGAGUCCCCCAGCCCCCAGGCCACAGAGGCAAAGACACGGACCCCAUCCCUCCCACCCCAUCCCGAGGACCGCAGCGGGUGGGCUGGUACCUGGGGAGCCAGAAGCUGAGAAAGGAGAAGAAGGUGAUGACCCAGCGGGGAUUUAGCGACGACGAAGACGAAGACUCAUCCGAGACCGACUCGGACUCGGACGACGACGACGAACACGGGGCCCCGCUGGAGGGGGCCUAUGACCCAGCUGACUACGAGCACCUGCCCGUCUCCACCGAGGUGAAAGAGCUCUUCCAGUACAUCACCCGGUACACGCCCCAGCUGGUCGACCUGGACCACAAACUGAAACCCUUCAUUCCAGACUUCAUCCCGGCCGUCGGGGACAUUGACGCCUUCCUGAAGGUCCCGCGGCCCGACGGGAAGCCGGACAACCUCGGCCUGCUGGUUUUGGACGAGCCGUCUACCAAGCAGUCGGACCCCACCGUGCUGUCCCUCUGGCUGACGGAAAACUCAAAGCAGCACACCACCACGCAACAGGUGAAAGUGAAGAGCUUGGAAGACCCGGAGAAGAACCCCAAAGCCAUCGACAUGUGGAUCGAGAGCAUCAGCGAGCUGCACCGCUUCAAACCCCCUGCUACGGUGCACUAUACCAGGCCCAUGCCCGACAUCGACACGCUGAUGCAGGAGUGGUGCCCGGAAUUUGAGGAGCUCCUGGGCAAGGUGAACCUGCCCACCGCUGACAUCGACUGCAGCCUGGCGGAGUACGUCGACAUGAUCUGUGCCAUCCUGGACAUCCCCGUCUACAAGAGUCGGAUCCAGUCUCUCCACCUGCUUUUCUCCCUCUACUCCGAGUUCAAGAAUUCCCAGCACUUCAAAGCCCUGGCCGAAGGGAAGAAAGCCCCUUCCCCUCCGUCCACCACCCCCUCCCAGGCCGGUGACGAGAUGGCGAGCUUCACCUGAGCCCCCGCGUCUUCGCCCGGGACCCCCAGAGCGAUGCCUCCACACCGGGGUCGGCCUCGGGCCAGGGAGAGAGCCGCCCCCGGCCUUCACCCUCUCCCCUCCCGGCCCGGAGCUCUCCUCCUGCCCCGGACUGGGUUUCCCCGGUGUCCGGUACCGAUCCCGCGGGUGGACGUCUGGAUCGGUAGCCAGGGGACCGAGAGUCGGGGCCCAAC